AUGGAUAUCGCACUAAGCUCAGAUACUGACAAGCACUUGAGCAAAGAGUCUCAACCCCAGGAACAUUGGGUUGAUGGAGUCCUCAAAGCAGAGGAUCGUGGCUCAUUCACUGACAUCAGCACAAAGGUUUCUUCCUUACCAAAGAUUGUCAAUUCCAGAGUAGAAUUGCCACCCACAAUGGAUACAUCCAAAAGUCCAUCUUACUGGUCCACUGUUUGCCUGCAUAAUAUGGCCCUACUGGCAAAGGAAGCCACAACUGUGCGGCGUGUACUUGAACCUCUUUUUCAUAGUUUUGAUGCUGAAAACUACUGGUCCUCAGAGAAAGGACUUGCCUGCUCUGUAUUGACAUAUUUGCAGUCGCUGUUGGAGGAAUCAGGCGGAAAUUCCCAUCUUUUGGUAUCUAUCUUGCUCAAGCACUUGGAUCAUAAGAAUGUUGCUAAACAGCCUCUCAUACAGAUGUAUAUUGUUGAUAUUGCCGCACAUCUUGCACAGAAUGCAAAGCAGCAGGCCUCAGCCGCAACCAUCAGUGCAAUAACUGAUUUGAUUAAAUAUUUACGCAAAUCUAUGCAAUAUUCAGCUGAAUCAUCGACUUCUGGAGAUGACUCAAAUAAAUGGAACUCUGAUCUUCAGUCUGCCAUAGAAAACUGCAUCUUGCGGCUCUCAAUCAAGGUUAGUAAUGAGUUCAUAACUUUUGAACGUCUCAAAAUAAGUAUUCUACUCAACUUUUAG